AUGGAGACCGCCCACCUCGAGAACGUCCUCGACCACACCAAGAACGCCUCCGACUUCAUGGAUCCCGCUGCGGCGUACUACAACGACCCCCUCUCGGGUCUCGACUACCUCCAGUACCCGCCGCACUCCCCCUUCGGCGUUUCUUCCAUGGGCCUCCCUCCCACGUCGUCUCCUCGUAGCUUCACCGCCCUCCCCCUCAACGGCGGCAUGAACGACGCCGGCGAGCUCUCAUCCGAUGGCUCGAGCCGUAGCCGCCGCGGAAGUGGCUCCCACUCGCCCGGCCCCGCUGUGCCCCCUGGUUCGCUCGCGGCCAUCCCCCGCUCCCACCGCUACAACCCUCUCGGCACCGCUGCCAUCACCCGCGCCUCCGCGCGCCAAGCCCAGCAGCAGGCCCAGAAGAAGCAGCGUUCCAAGGCCUCCGCCGCAGACGAGUUCGCAAGUGACGACGACGACGACUUCAACCCCAUGCCCUCCUCUGGUGCCAACAGCGACAUGCGCCGCGAGGAGAUCCGCCGUCAGCGGAUCGAGUCCGAACAGAGGAGGCGCGACGAGCUCCGCGACGGCUACCGCCGUCUCAAGGACGCUCUCCCGGUCUCAAACCAGAAGUCGUCCAAAGUCUCCCUCUUGGACCAUGACCAGACCCAGCUUCAGACGAGGCUCCAGCAGGCCGAGGCCGAGACCUCCCACUUGCGGCAUGUCAACGAGGCGCUCAUGCUCGGUACCGCCGAGCAGCGUCACGCCGCCGCCGCCUCCGCUGUGGCUGCCGCUCAAGCCAAGCAACACCACGUUGGCAACCGCAUGUGA